AUGGCCGACCAAGGUCGCAGAAGCUUCGCCUACUCGCAUCUGAGCGAUUCUCAGAUAAAUGCUCCUGAAGUGCACAUCGGGAUGGACCCAGAAAUAGAUGAUCUGGAAGCGUUUGCCCAGUUGGCCUUUCUCAAGCAGGAUCCCCUUUUUGAGACGGCAGACACCAGCAUUCGGGCAGUUCUUGAAGCACCCAACAAUCCAGAGUAUCUCCGCUCACUUUCUGUGCACCUUUAUCGGCGCUGCAAGAUCUAUCGGCGUGCAGCAUGCGAAAAGAACCAGCAAGGUGCCUACACUUCGCGACCAGACUUCGUAGCGCAGCUUGCUGUGGAGCUACGCAACUAUGACACUCUUGUGCAGGAUUUGCACCACAAGAUUGGUACUACAGUCGGAGACAAGACAGAGCUGUGCAAUCUUCUGAUGACGAGGUAUGAACGCCUCGUGGAGAAAACGAAGGAGGUCACAAUUAUGGCACACGAGCUCGAAGUGCAGCUGCAGGAUAACGAUCCAGCACUGAAGAUAGACUAUGCGCGUACUAAAGCUGAUAUCAGAAAAAUAUUGCAGGGCCUAGAGGCAGCAGCUAACGAGCAGACCCACACCAUAGAUAUAUCUCGCCUCCGGGCAGAUGUCCAGCGCGCCAUUAGUGGAGAGGGUGUCCUCGGCUUGGGUUCAGAGGGGUAUUACACAAUCCCAAAGCCCUCCAUUCACACGACUGCACACGCACUACGGAGGGAUAGAGACACUAGUAACAUCGACAGCAUCUACUCUCCUGUCCAGGGCUUACCAAACAUGCUUGGAUCGACCAUACAGCCCAACCCCAUUGUGGACACGGAUUCGCAACAGCUCAUGACUAUUCUUGCGGAAGUGGUUGCGAAGUGUAACCUCUUCAAGCAGAUAGACUCUGAUCGCAUGGACGUCGAUCGCAUUUCAGAUACAGUUUCAGACCCUAGUAUGAACAUAAACGACACCGACUCGCUUGCAACGUGCGUUUACAAACUCAAUAUAGCUGUAGAUAAUGCUAUCACUCGCGCAAGAGCAUCAUUAAAUCAGAGAGCUCAGGAGCUAUCUGUGUUGAAAGGACACAUGCGCCAACUUCAGGAUGAUAACCACGCACUGAGCAGCCAACUGAACGAAUACAUGAAUAUAAAGGUUGCCUUUGAAAGCUAUCAAAGAGAGAAGAUAGAGGAGAGCAGCAUCCUCAAGCGUACAUUUGAUCAGACUCUGACAGACUAUACUUCAUCCAUCAAGGACAGUAUUUUCGAGCUCAAAGUAGCUGGUAACCAAGGAAGUAGGCAGUGGUAUGCAGAUAAUGUAAUGUUCCCCCACACGCGUACGGCGAGCGUCGUUGAGGUCCUCUAUGAAACGCUUGGCCUGCUGCAACAGUACUCGGGGAGAGAAGAACUUAACUUCGACAUCCAUAUAGCAGAGCCUGCUGCUCUACCAGAGAUGAUCUCUUCAAAUCAGUUAAUUUCUAAUGAUGCAACGGCAACGCUGAAAGAGCUUCAAAAGAUAGGUGCUCUUGUGGUUUCUCUUCGACACGGAGUUGAGGGUUGUAUCGAUAGUAUUAGAAGUAAGCGCUCCUCUUCUUUGACAUCAUCUCCUCUCAGCGAGGCGACAUUUAUGCAGCAGAUGGGCAUCAACAUGCUUUCCAUCGUUCAGUCCCUUCUAUCGAUGACCCUCUGGGGCAGUAAGGAGAAGAUGAAGGAGCAUCUUGGUAUGCAGACAGCAGAGCUACUGAUGAAGAAGAUCCUGAUGAUCGAUAACGUCGAAAUACCGGAUGGAUUCAUAGACGACGAGUUCUCGAAGAAGCUUGUGGCUAUAAUGCAGCAAAUAUCUCCGACAAAUGCAGAUCUUCUUCCAUUGCUAGAGUCGUUAGCACAUAUAUUAGAGGAUGCGACAAAGAACGACUAUAUUGUGCCAAAGGCGGUUAGUCAACUGAGCACACUUACUCUCAACGUCGACAAGGAGAACAAUCAAUUCCGUCAAAUGAUAGAUCUCAAGGACAAGGAAAUCCUUUCAUUGCAAGAGCAGGUGAAACGAAAAGACACAGACUUCCGUGAGUCUCAAGAGCAGCUCGAAAAGUGCAAAAAUCAGCUCCACGAUGCUCACAAAGAAAUGCUGAGUGUGAAGGAUGGUUAUGCGGCUUCUGCGCUUGAAGCACAGAGGGUUGCAACCAUGGACAAGAUACUAGAGGAGUCCAAGCAGCAAGUAAGUCAUCUAUUGACGGAGAAGCAGGACCUAGAAGGAAAGAUGUUGGAGUUGCGUGCAGAUAACAAGAAGCUUGUCACAAUCAUUCAGGCGAAGGAGGCAAAUAUUGGUGAACUGAAAACAGAUUUGGCAAAGGCAGUCAACGAGCUCAAUCGUCAGACCUCUAGUGCGGUAUCUUCAGCACAAGAUGCGAAGGAAGCCAUUGACCGUAAUCGUGAGCUCGUCACACUGGCCAAUACAAUGGGUGCACGCCUGAAAGACACAGAGUCUAAGCUCAGAGAAGCAAACGCUACCAUUACAAAUUACAAUCAGGAAAGGGCCAAGUACGAAAAGGAUAUCCAAGAACUCACUGGGAAAUGUGACGAGCUGCGUAAGAAAUACGAGACAUCAGAAAUAAAUUACAGCGAGCUGAAGAUAGAGAAGAUGCGCCUGGAAACAGAGUGGAAGGGCGUUCUGGAACAAUGCGAGAAGCUUAAGAGGCAAAAGGAAGAGCUGGCAGAGGAGCUAGACGGUGCCAAGGAGGCUUACAGCAACGCCAAUAAGGAUCGAGCAGACGCCACGGCUACACAACAGCGUGCUGUUAGUGACCUUACUAUCCUCACAGAGGAGUACAAUAUCUUGAGUGAGAAUAACAUCAUGCUGGACAAGAAAUGCAGUGAGCUGACCGCAAAGCUUGUUAUGGCCGAGCAGGAGAUAGGCAAUUUGACAGAUCUGUUAAACGAAGCACACACAAGCCUCAUACAAUAUAGCAAAGAUGCAGAAAGCAAGAAGCACGAGGCUACAAAUGCGACAAGGGAUCUUAUGGAGGCAAAAGCAACCGCGGCCGAGGGGCGGGCGACAACUGAGGGUCUCAUGAAGGAGGUAUCUCGUCUAGAGGAAGCGCUUAGUGAGCGUAAGGCAGAAUACAAUGCCUUAAACGAUCAAUAUAAAAAGGAAGUCUGCGAUUUAACGGCACGCCUCCGUGAAGUCGAAAUGCAAUACACCACCAUGGAGCAGACACUCCGAUCCGAGUACGAUCAGCUCAUGACCACCCGAAUGCAGCAGCAGCUCUCGACCGUGGAGACAACCGCCAGUGCCGAGGUCACCAGAUAUAAAGAUCAGCUGACCGCAGCAGAUGCUCGGUACAAAGAAGCAUUGGAGGAGAUUAAGAGGUAUUACAUAGACAAAACAGAGGCCGAGAAGCAGCUUUCCGAACUGAAAACAAAACUGGCAGUGACCACAGAGAACGAAACAAGACUCGUCAAAAUGACGAAAAUACUCAGCAUAUUCAAGAGAAAGAUCAUCUCGCUGGCUAUGCCAUACGAGAAGAUAGCAGAAAGCUCCGAAGGAAAAAUCAAGUACAACGUCUUUAGCCCCGAUCUGGGCUUCAAUCUAAUAUCGAAAGCCGGGCGUGCCUCUGAAAGCAGCUUCUUGCUAGAUGAUGAGCCUUCUAUGAUCAUGGAAGAACGCAUAGCAGGCACUAGCCCAUACGACUCCGCACCACUCAAUGCGGUGGCUCAAGUCAACGUCCCCCAUGAGAGGGAUGUAGAGGAAAUAUGUGCAUUACUAAAAGCCGGUAUCAAAUAUCAGUACGAUCAUGAGGAGAUGAAGCACCUGCGCACUGAAAUGACUAGCCUUAAAGCUGAAAUCGACGACGAGCGGCGAAAGACAGAACUUAUGGAACGUGAGAAGAUGCAGCUAGAUAUAGAGCUGCAAAAGGCCCAAAUAGAGAACCGAGACCUUGCCACAACGGUCUCUGCCACGCGAAGCGCAUCUGUAGGAUCGUUUGGAGGUAUCCAUCAAGGACUGCAUUCCACCGCAGGCUCCACGUACCCUUCUGUAGAUCGCGCCCAGAGCCAGAGACCCUCUUCACCGCAAACAACCCUUAUGUAUCCUUCUACAACAGCUUCUAUGCGAUACGGUGGCUCUGGCACAUCACAAAGCAGCCAUAGUACACUGGCAACAACGCCUUCUGGUACCGGGAUGGUGUACCCAGGUCGAACAGACUUCUCAAUCGGUGCUUCUGCAACCUACAAGCCAACUAUUGGUGGGCCUCCAAGCGCUCCGUCAGUACCCCGCACGAUGGGAUACAAUGUUCCCAGUACACUUGUUUCUACUGGAGGAUCUAACAUCACUGUGCCCAAUGCAGUGGGUGGCCUUGUGGGUGGGAUGCCACCUCUUGGGCCGGGGGCUCAAUCAUACCUUCACGGACUGGGCGCAGGGCUAGGGUUUGCUGGCUCUGCGGGUGCAGUUCCAAGUUAUUCACGAUCGGUAUCUAAUCCAUCGGUUCCGAAGACUUAUCCAGCCAUGAUCUCCUCUGCGGCAUCACUCGGUGGCUCCGCCACAGGCUCCUUGAUUGGAUCUACAGAUAUGAUCGGAUCCCAGCGAUCUAUCUCCACAAGUGGUCGGCCAUCUGUAGGGCUGCCGCCUCCUUCCACUACUUACGCAGGGGGGUAUACCCCAUUUGCUGUUGGUGUGUCCCGGCCAGGAGUCGCUGGAAUAGGUCCGGGAGUGCCAGGGGGUGUUCCAUAUGGUGUAGGCAAAUAG